GAGGCGGAGUCUGCACGCUGGGCUGGAGGCGAAGCCACUCCACUCCGGCUCCGUAGUCCCCACCGACAACCAAGAUGGCGCUGACUGCUGCGCGUCGCCUUCUGCUUCACGCGGGAUCCCGCCUCGGGCGCAGGGAGGCCGUGGACGGCGCGCGGCGCUUCGCUAACAAGCGGGUGCUGGUGGAGACGGAGGGCGCAGGGAUUGCAGUGAUGAAGUUCAGGAACCCUCCAGUGAAUUCCCUCAGCUUGGAGUUUCUGACAGAGUUCGUCAUCAGCCUGGAGAAGCUGGAGAAUGACAAGGGCAUCCGAGGUGUCAUCCUCACUUCGGAACGCCCAGGUAUCUUCUCCGCUGGCCUGGACUUGCUGGAGAUGUAUGGCCGGAACCCAGACCACUACGCGGAGUACUGGAAGGCCGUCCAGGAGCUGUGGCUGAGGCUCUACUUGUCCAACCUGACCUUAGUGUCUGCCAUCAAUGGAGCCUCUCCAGCUGGAGGCUGCCUCAUGGCUCUCACCUGCGACUACAGGAUUUUGGCUGACAACCCCAAGUAUACCAUAGGAUUGAAUGAGAGCCUGCUGGGCAUUGUUGCCCCCUUCUGGUUAAAGGACAACUAUGUGAACACUAUCGGGCACCGAGCGGCAGAGCGGGCCCUUCAGCUGGGGACACUCUUCCCACCAGCGGAGGCCCUCAAGGUGGGUGUGGUGGAUGAGGUGGUGCCUGAGGAUCAAGUACACAGCAAGGCUCGCUCAGUGAUGGACAAGUGGUUGGCUAUUCCAGACCAUUCUCGGCAGCUGACAAAGAGCAUGAUGCGAAAGGCCACAGCAGACAACCUGAUCAGGCAUCGAGAAGCUGACAUCCAGAAUUUCACCAGUUUCAUCUCCAGAGACUCCAUCCAGAAAUCCCUGCACAUGUACUUGGAAAAGCUCAAGCAAAAGAAGGGCUAACCUCUGGCUGCCACACAGGUGUUCAGUUACAUGUGCCUUCUAGGGACCCACUGGUCCCAAGAAUUAUAAACAAGGUAUUUUUCAACUUAAAAACUCUCUUAGCUCUUGUGUUUCUGACCUUAAAAUGUCCUGUUCCAGGAUGGAGGGGUGGCUCAGUGGUUAAGGGCACUAGCUGCUGUUGCACAGAAUGCAGGUUCAAUUCUCAGCAUCACUACAGUUCCAGGGGAUACAAUGACCCCUCUGGCCUCCAAGGGCACUUCCUAUGAAGCACAUGGUACACAUACACACAGGCAGGCAAAACACCUGUGUGUGCGUGUGUGUAUGUGUGUCUAUUAUAACAAUACAGUCCUGAUAGCUGGGUGGACUAUGUCUGUCAGUACAAUGCUUACCAUGCUAUCGUGUACCAACAAAGCAAGGCGUGGUGGAUGCAGCAACCCCAGUGCUGGGGAGGCCGACACAGGCAGAUCCCUGAGACUCUGGCCAGCCAGCUAGUGAGUGCCAGAGAGACACGCCUUGUCUCAAAACAAAGUAGAACCUUCCUGGACCUCUGAGUGCACACCAAGAAGCUGUUCCGAGAAGCAGGGCCCAGCAGCUGCGACUACAAGCACCUUUCUGCCCCAGCCUGGUAUUGCUUAUUCAGUGGUAAGGUCCUGAAUCUUACAUUACAUUCUGGAAAAUCCAGAUAGGCUUGCACUAAAUCAUUGGUUCAGUUCCCAGAAAUGCCGUUAACAAACAAUAAACUUUUCUAAUUCAU